UUUGCUUCCGGUAGUCCUCCAUUUGCUGCACGAACUCCAGUUCUCUCACCUUAUUUUGCACGAACCAGAACAUAUGCUGUCUAUCCCGUUCCGAUUCGAAGAAAUUCUUAAGGACACACCCAGGAAAGCUUGGCUCCCGUUCUGAUUUGAAGAAAUUUUAAACCCAAAAAACUUGGGUUUCUUGCUUUCUCACCAGAGAUCUCUGCUAUCACUGUUCCACCAAACUCGAGCGUCCGCUCUUUCGAACCUGUCCCAGCAAAAGUACUUGGAGACUUGCAGCAUAUGCAAACUCUGUACAUAACUAAAACUGUUUACUAUCAGGUCUUUCUUGUGUCACAUGGGUAUCAUGGAUUGCUCAAAAAAGUCUCAAAGACGUGGAGAGAUUCGUUACAUAGCUCCGACUCUGCGAACUAUGAAGCUAGAAAACAAUGGUGCAGAAAUUGCUGUUUGUUCUUGCUAAGGUGUAGCCAGCAAACUGCAUAUAUAAAUAACUACUCCCACGGUACCAUCCACAUACCCGUAACCAGUUAAAGAGCAAGCGAGAGAGAUGGCAGCUGCAGUGGAGGAUUCCAGUAAUGUUUCUGAAGCCUACCCAAUGACAGGCGGAGAUGGCCCCAACAGCUAUGCCAAGAACUCGAUACGCCAGAAACUAGUUGUUGAUGCUGCCAAAGAACUUCUAACCAAGACUAUUAAACAAAAUCUUGAUCUGGACAUCUGCUUACCUUGCGACACCUUCCAUAUUGCAGAUUUGGGUUGCUCGGUUGGGCCUAAUACUUUUUUAUCGGUUGAAAACAUACUUGAAGCUGUGAAAUUCGAGUAUCAAAGCCGAGAGCUAAGUUCCCAAAUCCCCGAAUUUCAAGCUUUUUUCAAUGAUCACACCCUAAAUGAUUUUAACAUGCUCUUCAAAUCCCUCCCUCGGAACAGGAACUACUAUGCAGCGGGUGUGCCAGGUUCCUUCUACGGUCGCUUAUUUCCUAAGGCUUCCAUUCACUUUUUUCACUCGUCGUUAGCCGUUCAUUGGCUUUCUAGAGUCCCAAAAGAUGUAACGGAGAAAACCAGUCGAGCUUGGAAUAAAGGAAGAAUCCACUACUCAAAUUCCCGAGACGAAGUGGUCAAGGCUUAUCAAGCCCAAUAUUCUGAGGACAUGGAGUGUUUCCUCCAUGCCAGGGCGCUAGAGACUGUGCAUCGAGGAUUGGUAGUGCUUACCCUUUUAGGACACCACAAUGGUGAUUCUCACUCUCUAGGAAAUGUGACUGUUGACAUUUUAGGAUCUUGCCUCAUGGACAUGGCUAGGAAGGGAGUAGUUAGUGAAGAGAAGGUAGAUUCAUUUAACAUCCCUUCAUACUGCGUUUCUCCUCAAGAACUGGAAGUCAUUGUAGAACGAAAUGGAUGCUUCAGCAUAGAGGCUUUGGAAACCCUAGUUUAUCAUGUCCCGGAACAUGGCGCUAAACGUAGUGCAUCUACGAUGAGAGCUGCCACAGAGGGACUCAUCAAGCAACAAUUUGGAGAAGAAAUCUUAGAUGAACUCUUCAGCUUGUAUCAGCAAAAAAUUGAUGAGCAAAUCUCAAUAUUUGAGUCAAAGAAGUCGGUUAUCUUUUUUGUUGUGCUUAAACGCAAGACGAAUUGAUUUGAACAUGCAUUGUUAGCGUUCACAAAAUUAUCCUGUUAAACUCCCUAAUGUUAGUUUGGAAGUGUGUUUCCCUUUGUAUAAGAAAACAAAUGUUAGCUACCUAAAAUACGCAGGAGCGGGGAGCCAUAACUAGAACUCCUAGCCUGUGUUGUAUCGUUUCAGAUUGGAGGUUUCAUUUUAUAUUUACUUGGGUUUGACUACAUGAA